AUGUAUCAUCUGGCCAAGUCUCUAUACCUCUACGCUACCAGCAAAGAGGAAUACUCAGUCCUGCUACUGGGGUUAGACAACGCGGGGAAAACUACGCUCCUAUCGCAAAUCAAGGCCCUCUAUCUGCCCCGUCCCGAUGGCGCCCCUGCUCCCAACCCAGGCAAAACCGUGCCUACGGUCGGCCAGAAUGUCGCCACGAUUUCAUUACCGGACAUGUACCUGAAGAUCUGGGAUGUGGGCGGUCAAAUCUCGAUGCGAAAUCUGUGGCAGAGCUACUAUUCGAGUUGUCACGCCAUCAUCUUCGUCGUUGAUAGUACGGACGUAGGACAAGAUCCAGACAUCACCCGUCUACCCUCGAACCGGAGACCCGGCUCGUUGUCGGGCCCAUCCGUGCUUGGAAGCGACGCCGUUACCGAAGAAAUGGCGGGGAUCAAUGCGCCGGGGAGCGAGUUUGGGCGGCUGGACGAGUGCCGCCAGGUACUGGAAUCGGUGUUACAGCACUCUGAUGUGGCUGGAGUACCUAUUCUAGUGCUGGCCAACAAGCAAGAUCGGGAAGAUUGCGUUGAAGUUGUCCGCAUCAAGGAGGGGCUUGUGCGCAAGGUCUUUGAGGGUGAAUCCGGAGGCGGAGUGCGCGAUAGUCGCGUGUUGCCUGUCAGUGCCUUGAUGGGUACAGGAGUUCGGGAAGCAGUCGAAUGGGUCCAGAGCCGAGUCAAGUGGAAUAAGGAGGGACGACCUCCCAUCAUGAAAUGA